GAGCUAAAGGGGUGAGGGUACAAUCAUGUCGUGCAAAGCCGCCACCAAGGACAAGAAGACCAGCUUCGGCAAAAAGCUCUUCAGGCGAGGCUCGGUGCGCUCCGUGGGUAGCUUUAUGAGCAGAGUCCUGAGGACGCUCACAGCCUUGUCCCACUUUGGUUCCGAAGUGCAAACCGACGACGACAAGGAUGACGGCGGCUUCUCCGCCUUUCACUCCGGACUUAAGGACGCACCCUUGGACGACGGAGACCUCGGGGGGUUCCUCUCAGGCGAGAGGAUUCCUGGCGUGGCUGGCUUGAAGAACCAUGGCAACACCUGCUUCAUGAAUGCUAUUCUGCAGUGCCUCAGCAACACGGAGCUGUUUGCCGAGUAUCUCGUCCUGGAGCACUACAGGGAAGGCGAGGCGAACCAGGAGAAUAAACCAAAGACAAAUGGCAUCCAUCUGCAGAAUAAAGCUUCCAUGGCCAAGGGGGAAGUGACAGAGCAGCUGUCUGGACUUGUUCGGGCUUUAUGGACUUUUGAGUACACCCCUCAGCACAGCCGAGACUUUAAGAACGCGGUGUCCAAAAACGCCACGCAGUUUAAAGGGAACGCUCAGCACGACGCCCAAGAGUUCCUGCUGUGGUUGUUGGACCGAGUGCACGAGGACCUCAACACCGUCAGCCCCAUCGGCAGGCCAACCAUGAGGCCACCUAUCGACGAAGAUGACCAAAACGCGGAGGGACCCUCCCCGCCCCUCUCGGCUGGCUCGUUUGUUCAGGAGCUUUUCCAGGCUCAGUACAGGUCUUCCCUCACCUGCCCCCAUUGCCAAAAACAGAGCAAUACCUUUGACCCUUUUCUGUGCAUCUCCUUACCCAUCCCGCUGCCACACACACGGCCGCUAUACAUCACAGUGGUCUACCAGGGGAAAUACUCUCACUGUCUGCGGAUUGGGGUGGCCGUGCCCCUUAACAGCACCGUGUACCGCCUCCGAGAUGCUGUGUCGCACGAGACCAAAAUGCCAAUGGACCAGUUCAUUCUGACCGAGAUGUAUUACGACGGCUUCCAUCGUUCCUUUUGCGACGACGACGAUGAUCUGGAUAUCAUCCAAGAGAGUGACUCCAUCUUUGCCUUUGAGACACCGGAAACAUUUAAACUGGAGAACCUACGCACAAAAAGAGGAAGUCUUCUGGCCAACCUGAAUCACAACAACUUGAAGUACGGCGUGGAAAACAGCCGCACGCCGUCUUUCAUGCAGGGGGCCUUGACUCCCGUGGCAUCCCCAAGUAAGAACCUGGCGCCGGAGAAAAUGAUCCUGCUAGUUUGCAACAGAGCCUGCACCGGCCACCAAGCAAAAAGGUUUGGCUUGCCUUUUGUACUGUACAUAGAGCGCACGGCCAACUGGGACACACUGCAGAAGGAGAUUUUGGAAAAAAUGCGGCAUCUUUUGCGACCUGGAGUUUACAUUCAGGUGGGGCCUUUCAGUCUCCGUGUGGUUGGUGUGGUUGGGAUCACCUACCUCCUCCCUCAAGACGAGCGACCGCUGUGUCACCCCACGGUGGACAGAGCAUACAAAUCCUGCGGACAGGGUGGACCGCCCCAUGUGAAAAUUGUGGUGGAGUGGGACAAAGCGACCAAAGACUAUUUGUUCGGACACACGGAGGAGGAGUACAUCCCUGACGCUGAGAGCGUGUACCUGCACAGAGAACAGCACCACCAGCCGCAGGCCUGCACGCUGGCUCAGUGUUUCCAGCUUUACACGAAAGAGGAGCAGCUGGCCCCGGAUGACGCCUGGCGCUGCCCACAUUGCAAACAGCUGCAACAGGGCCGCAUCAAACUCAGCCUGUGGACGCUGCCGGAUGUGCUCAUACUGCACCUCAAGCGGUUCAGACAGGAGGGCGACCGCAGGGUGAAGAUGCAGAACAUGGUGAGAUUCCCUCUCAUGGGCAUGGACAUGGCGCCUCACGUGGUGAAAAGAAGCCAGAGCAGCUGGAGCCUACCCUCGCACUGGUCACCGUGGAGAAGACCCUACGGUCUGGGGAGGAACCCAGACGACUUCCUGUACGACCUCUACGCCGUGUGUAACCAUCACGGGGGCAUGCACGGGGGCCACUACACGGCCUGCUGCAAGAACUCCGUCGACGGUCAGUGGUACUGCUUUGACGACAGCGAGGUCGCACCCGUGGCCGACGACGACGUGUGUCAACAGACGGCUUACAUACUCUUCUACCAACGCAGGACCGCCAUUCCCUCUUGGUCGGCCAACAGCUCCGUUGCAGGCUCGACCAGUUCUUCUCUGUGCGACCACUGGAUCAACAGGCUACCCGGGAGCAGACCUGCUAGUCUAGCGUCAGGCGCCUCAUCUAGACGUACCUCACUGGCUUCGCUGGCGGAGUCGGUGGAAUUCACCGCAGAGCGGAGCGAAGACGACGGCGGUUUCUCCGUUCGACCCUUCGUGAGGAGCAUUCAGCGUCAGAGUACAACUUCGAGGUCGUCCGUAGCCAGCCCGUUAGCCUUCAGCGAGAGCGGCGUCAAACCCUCGUGGUCGCUCUCGGCCAAGCUGCAAAUGCGCUCCAACUCUCCCUCGCGCUUCUCUCUGGACUCGCGUUGCUCGCCUCCCCUUGAGAGAAUCGGCGAGUCCUGCGACGACCGCGUGUCCACGUCCUGCUUUGGCAGCUACAGCCGGCACGAGCGCUACUUUGGCGGCAAGACGCCGCUGUCCGUGAUGGAGAGCGAGCAGGAAAACAACAAAAGAUUCGUGGACAUGAUGUACUGCCGCACUCCCACCCCCGUGGAGAAGACGACGGAAAACAACAACCAGAUUACAGCGAUAGACCAAAACAUUCAAAACGCCUCCUCGAAAGAUCAGAAGCGUAAGAGCAGCGUUGGCGGUUUUGCGUCCAAGACGGAAAGCGCAAGCGCCACCAAAACCACCAAAGCGGAGCCAGGAAAAAGCUCCAAGAAGCGCCUGUGCUCAAGCCACAAGCCUUCGCCUUCGGAAACGCCCGCCAGCACACCUGUGAAAGGGAAAAAGGCGACCGCCACGAAAGAUAAGAAUGACAAGAAAAGCAUGUCCACUCCCAGCGGGACGCCAUCUAAAACCAAGGAGUCGCUCCCGCCCGCAGGCUCCACGCCGCAACAUCGGCUGUGCGUCCGCUCCACGCCUCUAUCGUCAGCAUCGCCCUCUCCCACCACCAAGAAGAACCCCGACGUCCAUGACAAACUGCCAGAGAACACUCGCAAGCGUCAUGUGGAGAGGAGCUACAGUCGGGAUUCUGUGGUCAGCGCUCAGCGAGCAGGCGUCGCGGCCCGCUCUUCCGGCCCCAAGCUGGCGGACAGCAGCCGGCCGGAGCGGAGGUCCGUGCGCAGCUCCAGCAGCAGCUCCUCCGUCACCAGCCUGCGCUCGCCCAGCGUGUCCGCCAGAGACCCCCAGCGUGGCAGUAAGUCCGAGGAGAAAGGCUUGUCCUUCUUCAAGAGCGCCCUGAGACAACGGGAAAGCCGCCGGUCGGCCGACUUGGGGAAGAGCACCCUGCUCUUCAAAAAGGCCUCGGAGAGGACGUGCAAGCAAAACGCUCAGGUCAAGGAGGCUUGCAACCAACAAGCAAAAGCGGCGGACGCCGCGGCUUUCCCGCCGCCCGCAGACGCUUCAAAAUCGGAGCCCAUCAAGCCCGCGAGCUCCCUUGGUCGCUCCCUGCUGCAUGUCGGCAAGUCCAAGUCUUCCGCCGCGGACGUGAGUCUCAAGUCUCCCGCGAAUGGGAAGAAGCCCCUCGAAAAGAAGACGUCUUCCCGGAAGCUGUCGUUGGGCACGCAGUAGCCUCGGUAACGCAGCCAACGUACGUACACCUCUGUCUAAAUGCAGCUACUGUACAUUCUUUGUGCCUACCUUCUACUCAUAGCGAUAAGUAUUCAAACUUGACACACUCACGCACAAAAAAACAAACAAACAUUUCACCCGAUUGGGGAAUUUAAA